CCGCGCCCUCCGAGUCCCCCCCGCCUAGGGCCCGCCCCGGCGUCCCGCGCGGCCCCUUUAAGACAAGAGAACGAGAGAGAAGAGAGAGGGAGAGCGAGAGAGAGGGAGAGAGAGAGAGUGAGUGAGAGAAUCCCAACUCUCCCCCUCCCGUCCCCUCCUCCCUCCCCUCCCCCUCCCCCGGGCUCCCCGGGCGGCUCCGGCUCCCGCAGCGGGACAGACCCACCCGGCCCGGCGUCGCUCGGGCCCCGGCAGCCGCGGCUUCCUUCCCUCCCCGGUCUAUGGUGGCGGCGGCGUUGCCAUGAACAGUGGCGGCGGCCUCCCGCCCCCCUCGGCCGCCGCCGCCGCCGCCGCCUCCUCCUCGUCCUCCUCCUCUUCCUCCUCGCUGGCGGCGGCGGCGGCGGCCGUGGCCCCGCCGCUGGGGCCCGGGGGCGUCCCCGGCGGGGUGGCGGCGGCGGCAGCGGCAGCGGCGGCGGCGGCGGCCGCCGUGAAGCUCAAGUACUGCCGCUACUAUGCCAAGGAUAAGACUUGCUUCUACGGGGAGGAGUGUCAGUUCCUGCAUGAGGACCCGAGCGCCGCCGGGGCCGCCCCGGGCCUCGGCCUCCAUAGCAACAGCGUCCCCUUGGCUCUGGCGGGCGCGCCCGUGGCCGGCUUUCCGUCCGGACCGGUGCCGGGGACUGGGGGUGCCGGGCCGCCGCCCCCGGGGCCCAAGAAGCCGGAGCUGGGCGGCCCGGGCGCGGGAGCCGCCGGCGGCGCGGGAGGCAGCAGCGGAGGACUCGAGGGACCCCGGCUGGCCAUUCCUGGCAUGGAUGGGAAUACUUUAACUGAUACAGGUCUCACAGAUUCCUAUUUCAGCACCAGCUUUAUGGGCGUCAAUGGAUUUGGAAGCCCUGUAGAAGCAAAAUAUCCUUUGAUGCAGAGAAUGACUAAUAGUAGCAGUUCCCCGAGCCUUCUAAGUGAUAGUGCCAAGCCAUAUACAGGUCACGAUCCUCUCACUUCACCUGCUUCAUCCUUGUUUAAUGAUUUUGGUGCCCUCAACAUCUCUCAGAGAAGAAAGCCAAGGAAGUAUCGCCUGGGGAUGCUGGAGGAGAGGCUAGUUCCGAUGGGAUCAAAGGCACGGAAAGCAAAGAACCCUAUUGGCUGCCUUGCUGACAGGUGUAAAUCAGGAGUACCCAUCAAUAUGGUUUGGUGGAACAGAGUCACAGAAAACAAUUUACAGACACCAAAUCCUACUGCAAGCGAGUUUAUUCCUAAAGGAGGAUCAACCUCCAGGCUGAGUAACGUGUCCCAGUCAAAUAUGUCUGCCUUCUCUCAAGUUUUCUCUCACCCAUCCAUGGGCAACCCCGCUGCUGCUGGAUUAGCACCAGGAAUGUCGCUGUCUGCUGGAUCUUCCCCUCUUCAUUCCCCGAAGAUUACUCCACAUACGUCUCCUGCCCCUAGGAGAAGAAGUCACACUCCAAAUCCAGCCAGUUACUUGGUGCCUUCUAGUGCCUCUACACCUGUUAAUAAUCCUGUUUCUCAGAACCCAUCUUCUGGUCAGGUGAUCCAAAAGGAAACUGUUGGUGGGACAACUUACUUCUAUACAGACACAACUCCCGCACCAUUGUCUGGAAUGGUAUUUCCAAACUAUCAUAUUUAUCCUCCAACUGCACCUCAUGUUGCUUACAUGCAACCAAAAGCAAAUGCACCUUCCUUCUUCAUGGCUGACGAACUUCGACAGGAGCUGAUCAACAGACAUUUAAUAACAAUAGCUCAAAUUGAUCAAGCAGAUAUGCCAGCGGUCCCUACAGAAGUUGAUAGCUACCAUAGCCUGUUCCCGCUAGAACCACUGCCACCCCCAAACCGAAUACAAAAAUCAAGUAAUUUUGGAUAUAUUACAUCUUGCUACAAAGCUGUAAACAGCAAAGAUGAUCUUCCAUAUUGCCUGCGAAGGAUACAUGGUUUUCGUCUUGUUAACACAAAGUGCAUGGUGUUGGUUGAUAUGUGGAAAAAAAUUCAGCACUCAAAUAUUGUAAGCUUGCGGGAAGUUUUUACCACUAAAGCAUUCGCCGAGCCUUCUCUUGUGUUUGCGUAUGAUUUCCAUGCUGGAGGAGAGACUAUGAUGAGCAGACACUUUAAUGACCCCAAUGCUGAUGCCUAUUUCACAAAGAGAAAAUGGGGUCAACAUGAUGGACCAUUGCCCAGACAGCAUGCUGGAUUGUUGCCAGAAUCUCUUAUUUGGGCUUAUAUUGUCCAACUAAGUUCUGCAUUGCGUACCAUUCAUACAGCAGGAUUGGCUUGUCGAGUUAUGGACCCAACAAAGAUUCUAAUAACGGGCAAGACGAGGUUACGAGUAAAUUGUGUUGGAGUUUUUGAUGUUUUAACAUUUGAUAAUAGUCAAAAUAAUAAUCCACUAGCAUUAAUGGCUCAGUACCAGCAAGCAGAUCUGAUAUCAUUAGGAAAAGUUGUAUUGGCUUUGGCUUGCAACUCUUUGGCGGGAAUUCAGCGGGAAAAUUUACAGAAAGCCAUGGAACUGGUGACAAUCAACUACUCCUCUGAUCUAAAGAAUUUGAUUUUGUACUUGUUAACUGACCAAAACAGAAUGCGAAGCGUAAAUGACAUCAUGCCCAUGAUUGGUGCUCGAUUUUAUACUCAAUUGGAUGCUGCCCAAAUGAGAAAUGAUGUCAUAGAGGAAGAUCUUGCGAAGGAGGUUCAAAAUGGAAGACUGUUUAGGCUUCUAGCAAAAUUGGGAACAAUCAAUGAGAGGCCAGAGUUUCAGAAGGAUCCUACCUGGUCAGAGACUGGAGAUCGUUACCUGUUGAAACUCUUUAGGGAUCAUCUUUUUCAUCAGGUGACAGAAGCGGGUGCCCCCUGGAUUGACCUCAGUCACAUCAUUUCUUGUCUUAACAAGCUGGAUGCUGGUGUGCCAGAAAAAAUCAGCCUGAUCUCCAGGGAUGAGAAGAGUGUACUCGUGGUGACAUACAGUGACUUGAAGCGCUGCUUUGAAAACACUUUUCAAGAACUGAUUGCAGCUGCAAAUGCUCAGUUGUAGUAUUUGCUGAAAAGCGCGCAGGACACCGCUGAGAAAACUAACCAAUAGCAAAUUGCACUACAGCUGAACAGUUUUCAUCAUCUCAUUUCACAUUUGGGAAACAAACAGGAGAUGAGCAAAGCUGCUUGCACUUCAGUCAGGUACACUGUUACUUGAAAGGAAGAAUGUUCAUUUAUCCAAGAGCUCUGGCUGCCAUUGGAGGCUAUAUCUGUGAAGAAUUUAUUUUAAAUUAAGGAGCAACAUCAGGUGAAUGAUGUUCCUGCUUUUGCUUUUUCCACUUGUAUAUGCACUAAUUUUAAUUUUUUAAAGACAUUUUUCUGAUCUUUGAACUUUUGCCACAUUGUAUACUUAUUAAGGGAAGCUAUUUGCAAGGACAUUUUUGGGAAACAACGCUGGGCAGCAUUUUUGCCAUUGAGGGUUGCAGAAUUUGCUCUUUUGGGGAUAGGUUGCCCUAAAUAACAUAAUGGACCAGGUAAAUAAUUGCGUAGAAAUGCAAGAUAGUGCAUAAUUCUUGUAAGAGUAUUGUAUGCAAGCUCUAUAUGCCACCCACUGUUAGUUCAAAUUGAGAUUUUUUUUCCAAGAAUACUCAAAGAGAAAUAUCAGUGAAUUGUUAGAUAUGAAUUCCCCUCAGUUGAUUUUAAUUUUUUUCUGAAUAAGGAUUAGGUAAACAGUUCCUGAAGGGGUGUGUAUAGUUCUCUGCUGCAGAUGCAACCAGAGCCUUUUUUUUAAAAAGGUGUUUGCCUGCUUACACUUAUGCAAUUUUUUAAAUAGAAAAAUAUUAAGAAAUUGUGUUUAAAUACCUAAAGGUCAGGAGCGUAAUACUUUAGGUUAUUUCCAGUAUGCUUUUUUUUUCUUUUUCUUUUUCUUUUCUUUCUUUCUUUUUUUUUUUUUUUUUAUAAAGUUCUAUUCUUUGAACCACAGCUUUAUUAUGGUACUUUACACUGGAUACAGACGCAGAGACACUGUUGAGAAGAUGAGCUAACACAGCAGUGGUCUGGCAUCAAGAGCUUUCUGAUGUGUUACAGCCUGACUCUGGCGGGACAACAAUCUGCUGUGCCUUUGCAGUCACUGCUUAGCCCAAAGUCAUAGGACUUUUGAUAAUAACUCACUCAGUGGGGUAUUCCUGAAUAAGUCCAUCUCAAAAGUUUGGAAUUUUCCUCCUCUUAACUUUCUUAAUAUUUGGACACGCAACUGUCGCCAAACUUGGGUAUUCAUGGAAUUUUUGGUUAAUGAGAUACCUAUACUUUGAUACUGAAGACUGCCAAAUACAUAGGAAUUUUCUUUCUUUAAAAAAACAAAAAAAAACAAAUAAAAAAAAAACAGAAACAAAAUACAGUAAUGAAGACUAUAUCUCCUUUCCCAGCACUGAAUGUUUUACUAGCACUGGGUGCUCACCAUGCAACUAGGAAGAACAUGUGGAGACUCACAAUAUUAGGACAGACUUCUAAGCACUUGCAACUGAUGUUACUGUCUUCAAUUUUAAUAAAUAUACGUAUUUGUAUGUUUCAGAGAAGUUUUUAAUAUUUCUCUGUUCACUUUUUAUAAGCUUUAACAUGAUUUUUCUCUGCCUUGAGAUUUGCAUCAAGAAAAAGCACCUCUCUUCACUUGAAAGCUUUGAGGACCAGAGACACACUUCACACAUUGUAACAAGUGUGUUGGCAUCCACAUUGGGUAGCAUCAGUUGUUGAGUUAAACAGAAAAUCGAUUACUGCAUUUGAUUUGGAUGGAUUUUAAAGACCAUAAUGUUCAACAUUGAAAGGAUAAUUAACAUUUGCCACCAUAAUGUUCUUUUUUAUGUAAAAGGAGUAAGAAACUUGGAGACAUUAACAUGCAAAAGUCUUUUAUCAUUAGCUCAUGUAUUUGAGAAGAGCAGCUGUCUUUUUAUAUGUUUUUUGACAAAUCAUAUUGUAAUUCUUUUGUACAAAAAAGAACUACUUGUAUUCUAGAAGAAAUAUGAAAUGCUUAAUUUAUAAGCGGGCUGGAGAUUUUUUCCAAUAUUGUUUUCUUUGAAAAUGAAAGGGGAUCAUCUAUUUUAGUUUUGGGGUCUAGAAACUUUUUUGAAAUUUAAUUUGUGGACCAAUGUUUUGUGAAAGCUAAAGAAGGGCAGGGGUAAAAUAGGGCUUGAACUUUUCAUUCCGUAUAGACCAGCAAACUUCCCUCUGCAAGGCAAGUUCACAUCAGAAACCUGAAAGAUUGCUGCGUUGCACGUGCUAGUUUGCUUCAGCCCCUAGUAACCUCAGGACUUGGUUUGAAUAUUAAAAAUAGACAGCUGAUAUGUUUUCGUGAGUAAAUAUUGUCAGCCAGGAAACUGUCAGGUAAUUUUUUUUUUUUCUUUUUUGCUUUCUUUUAUAUUUAUUUUUCAGUUUUUAUUGGGAAUGAUUUUCAAAAGAGAUGUCAGUUCUGCUUAGGUGUUUUUUGGGGAGUCUUCUUUUCCAUAGUGUAAAUCCAAUUGAUAGGUUGUCCAAAAGUUGGUCUUUCUAAUUCACUGGGAGAUUUUAAUACCUGAGAAUAGUCAAAUUACGAAUAUAAACUUCCCACACUUUCCUGUUGCAACAGGUAAAAAGCACAGAAGGGACAACCUUGAAAUCAUGUAACGUUGGUCAUUUCCAUUUUUUUUGUACCAAUUUUAAAUUCUGUUUGUGUAUUUACUUCAUUGUAAAUAUUUUUGAGGGUACCUUUGUACUUUACAUUUGACCUUGGUUCUGUGAUUUGGAUGUUGGCAACUUCCCUGAAAAGCACCAGUACGUUAAGUUCUUAUGUCAUGAUCCCAGUAUGUGUUAUUCAUCUUUAAUUCUGUUUUCAGUCUCUAUGUGUACAGCAGUAUUUUUAAUAAAGAAUUACAGAGAUAAA